GCUCAGAAUACAGCGAUUACCAUCACCAGGCCAUCUUGCUCGCUUCCCUGAUCCCGUCGUUCCUAUGUCUUUUUUUCCGUCGUACAUUACGAAUAAAGGCUAUGCUACUCUAUCAAUCCCAAAUCGCCAUCUACGUCAAAUAAUGUCGUUAUAUCUUUUGCCCCAAAUAAAAUACGAAUAGACAUGAGAGCUAUCGAUUGAAUAGGUAAAGCUAACUCUAAUACCUCAUCGCUGCAACACAAUGCCUACACAGGAUGUUGAUUGUGGCGAUUCUAUUAUCUAUUGUGCGCAGGAUAUGCGUCGGGCAUCCAUGUUUUUAUGAGUCAGCAAAUCCUUGAGGAUAGGCUGGCUACUAAGUAAGGAUCCCAUGAUCAGGUAGGCUGCUCUGAUCGGCGGCAUUAUUUUAUCUUUUUCUUCAAGUAUCACUUUACUUCUUGAUCAUUGAAUCAAGGAACUGUUUUUAUACGAGGAAAAGAUGACGUCCACCACAGUCCUGAUGCCAUCUGGUCUGAGAGAACCAUGUCGUGAACGAGUGGCCGCGUUGUUGCUGCAGUUGGCGUCUGAGAAAAAUUUAGAGCGGGAUGCGGCAGUAAUGCGACUGAGUCCACUGCUUGGGCAGCAGGAAUUAUACACACAUGCAGUGGAUAGGUACUGAUGCUUGCUCUUUUGAUUAUUGCUGUUGUUACAAAUAUGAAGUAUCGGCGCUCCAGACGCAGACGGUUUUUUGUAGUGUGAUUCUUCUUGGUGAAAACAGAAUCGGAAUCUCACGAUGGAUUUUCAUUCAGUGAUGUUCAGGUUCCCAACAGCGGCAUGGGCGGAGCGUGUCGGCUUGCUGCAGCUGAUUGCCGGCGUCGAGAACACUGCAGGCCACAGCGGGCAGAAUACGGAUAGCGUAGACCACAAGCCGAAUGUCGGAACGCUCUUGUCAGUACUCGAAUCUUCCGCUCUCCGAGACCCAGAAUUGCGAGUCCGUCGUGCCCUUGCACCAGCAGUAGAACGUCUCUUUCAUGAAGCACAUUUGGUUGCAGAAGUUGAGGGAAAUUCUAGCACUACUUCUAGCGAUCCUUCCUGUACCAGCAAUAGCACUGAUAGCCCGAGUGCCGAGGCCUUCCUAGAGGCUGUCUUAUCCGACGUGCUGUUGGGUUUCGAACGCAAGCUAAAUCCUAUAGUGCCAAACGCAGCGGACGCAGGCUCACGUGGCGUGGGAGGAAACCGGGCACAGCUGGCGCCGUCGCAUUUAGUUGGCACUAGUGCGCAGUUAUUGAAGAAGACUAUGGACAAUGCAGGCACAACAGCGAGUGCAUCCUCGUCACGGGCGAUAAUCCUUGGUCCUCUAGGUCGUAUGGGCUCUCCAUUUGGAGAUGACCUGUUAGCUGACGACGCACUAGAGGUGGAGCCAGUUGCAGUGGAGGUGGAGCCUAUCCGAGUACCGGAAGCCGACAAGAAAAUUGCGCCGCCAUCUGGACAGCACGAGUCUGAGGGAUGGGGAACUUUGGAGUCUUCUAUGGCAUGUUUAGCUGCGAUGCUGCGCGGCCUCGGCAAGCGGGAGGCAGGUGCUCGCGGUGUGCUCAGGCGCUACUUGGGGGCAGAAAAUUUUCCGCCUGCACAAGUUGCUCAAGAGAACGUUGCAGCAAGAGGAUCGUCGGUCGCAGUGGAGAAGAAAAUCCUAAACAGUAAGGAGAAAACCUUACCAGCGAUGUUCGUCGAUACUGCAGGCCAGUUCGAUAUGGAAGUGGCAGAGGUAAAGCGUUUUUUAGAACAAAAAGUGUUUCCAGUAAAAGUGGAGAAUGAAGAAGAUGAGGAGGAGGUUGGAGCGUCAACAUCUUCUGGUGCUGAGGUCGUGGAAGGCACUAAAGUCAUCGCAGCUGCAGCAGUAGGUUCUGCUUCUUCUUCUAAACAAGAUCUUGACGUAGUUGAACAAAAGACCGGCUCUUUCGUGGUGGUACGACCUCAAGGUCGUGGCGGCAGUGACGCUUUGACUUCCUUUCUCGUGCAGGUGGAGGCGAAAAAGCAGCUACAAGGAGAUGCAACCACAGCAAACUACAGCUACAACGUGAUAGCUCAGACAGCGCAAUCCGCUCUGUCAAUCGAAUAUCUACUUUUAGAAUGCGGUGAACAUCCUAACCGCUUCGUUCGCGAGUACGCCUUCUUGAGUCUGGCUGAACUACUUCCCCUUCUAGACACGAUCAGGCCAGCGUUGUACCAGGUUCUCGGCUUCGGUUUGCAGGACAACUGGUCCCAAGUGAAAUACGCGUCCAGUAGAGCCGUUCGGCGCGUCAUCGAGCAUGGAGACUUUGUUUCGAAGUACCAACCGGGUGGUCCGAAUGUGCACAAUCCGACACCAGGCCUACGCUUAUUAGCACCCUACAUGUGCUUGAACCGGCACUAUGUGGCAGAAGGAGUGCGCCUGUACUCGCAAGACAACUGGAAGAUGCUGAAUCCACGAGGUGGGAUCCCCUUGAUCUUAGCGUGUCUGGAUGAGAUCGUUGAUGCGUAUGCGGACAGCACGAAUGCGCCGAACCACGCAGUGCGCGAAGCGGCUUGCAAGUGCAUUUUGGAGUUAGCUGAACGCGUUGCGCCACAAUCUCCCCGCGAGUUUUCUCUCCCCUUCAACGGAGAAGACCGAUCUCGUGCGCAAGUGCUAGUUGCAGCGGUUUUGUCAGCACUUGAGGACGAAAGUUGGCCGGUGCGCGACCAUGCGUGUCUAGCAGCUGCUCGAUUGGCAGAGGCUUUUCCAGCCUUGUUUGAAGAUGAAGGUGGUGAUUUGACACGCCAUUUUGCGACGUCGCCAUCAUCAGGCAGUGCUGCGCCAGGCGGCAUCGCUAGUGUUGUGGAGGAUCUCAGGAUCGGAGAUGUAGAUGGAAACGAUAAAGCAGCCUCUAAUACCACAACAACUUCGUCAACAUCCUCCAAAACACCAGUGACACCUCCACAGAGUAACCGCGUCAGGCUAUUGCAGCUCUUGUCCUUUGCCGUAGGCGAUAACAUCCCUUGUCUACGAAAAAACGCUGGCCAUGCACUGUCCAUUUGUCUAAAGCUAUGGCGGAUCGAGGAGGAAGUCUUCACACGAGGUCUGCCUGAACUCCCUCCAGAACUGUUGCCUGCAGAACUUCUGCUAGAAGGUUCUACUUUUGCAGCAGGACAAGGACAACUACAACCGCCAAACGUCAACAGCGUCAGUCCUUCCGCAAAUAUGUUCGUCUCCCUUGACCAACUUCUGAAAAACGGAGGCAACCAGCCGAUGGACAGCACGAGUUUCGCGAAUUAUACCCCUUCCGGCCCUUUUUCUGUCCCGUUGCGUCGUCGUGAAUAUAAUCUCGGGAACGAGAUCAAGAAUGAGGAGAAGGAUCCGAGAUUCGACGAUGCGACUAUGUACAGUUGCGGAUCUGUAGCACCGAGAAACUUCAAAAAGUUCAAGGACAAAGGAGGAUGCAUGAACUGCACUGUGCAUGGCUUGUUGCAGCCCUGGGAGCAAGCAGAAGGCGCGUUGCAUACAUUGGUGAACGUCGCGCUGCUGCAUCACAAUUUAUGAUUAGAAUAUCAGACUCUCUUCAAAUAUUGAACGGAAAAAUGAACCUAGAAACAAAUACUUUUACUUCACAUUUAGGUAGAAAUCGUGCAAACAGCAAAGUCCGAACAAUCUCUGUUCCUUUCGACCCACACUCUAAUAAACGCAAACAAGAACUACGGUGUCGAUGUCGAUGGCGAGGCUGUAGAAGUCGACGAAAGAACGCCUUCAACUUCCGGCGACGAAUUUGACACCUUAGGUUUCUUAGCCAAACGGAUGCCUCUAGUAAUGGAGCUGUUCACAUUGUCGCAUUUCCCGCAUCACUGUCAGUUGAAACAGACUAUUUGCGAGCGUCUAGGAGAGUUGGCUACGGCAAAGCUCUGGUCGCCGACUGAAGACUUCGUGGCUAAAUACCUGCGCCCAGCGGCUUUUGAGCAGAAGUCGCACAAAGCACUUGCUUAUGCUGCGCAAGGGUUGCUGAGGCGAUGCGAAAUUCGAUAG